AUGACCACACUCCGAACCUUCCAGAACGAGAUCGAAGACAUACACCAUCGGGAAAUCUCAAAACAGAGAGCGCAAGCGCUCAUGAAUAAAGAAAAAGAAACCAAGCAAAAGGGCAAGGGCAAGGAAGAUCAGGACGCCGUUUCUGUCGAGGCUGAAAAUCUACAUGGCGCCGAAACAGCAGGUGCUAAUCUCCAAGAACUUGAGGAACGCAUAUUGACUUUGUUACUUUCAUCGAGUACCCCGGACUAUGACUCUGCUCGAGAUCUGCUAGCAGCCUUGCUCACACAAUGCAACGGAGAACAUGUGCUACGAAUUGGCCAACAACCUUCUCAUACGGCGCUGUUUUCCGGGGAGUUGAAAGAUGAAUCGGCCCACUGGUCCGGCACUCCAAGAACAAUUGAGGAAAUUGGGUCACUACGCACCCAGGUAACGAAAGCCGUGGAAGAGGUCGGUGGAAAGGCAUCAGUCUUGUUUGAAACUAUCACUGGUCAUGCAAGGAUAUCUCUGCUCUUGCGGCUACCUCCUCCCAAUGUUUCUUUGACUCCAGAAGUACGAUGUGCAGUGGUUGGGAAUGUAGACAGUGGGAAGUCUACCACAUUAGGUGUUUUAACGAGGGGUGCUCUUGAUGAUGGAAGAGGUCGCGCUCGUGUGGGUUUAUUCCGACACAAACACGAGAUAGAGACAGGGAGGACAUCAAGUGUUGGGAUGGAAAUCCUCGGGUUCAAUUCAUCGGGUGUACCAAUACUGCCUAACACAUCGCAUUUAAGCGACCCUGAUGCUAUACGACGCGAGAAGAUGGGAUGGGAAGAGAUAUCUGUACAGGCAGCUAAAAUCGUAUCUUUCAUUGAUUUGGCUGGUCACGAACGUUACCUUAAAACCACGCUAUACGGCCUGACCUCGGGGGCGCCUUCUUGUGUUAUCCUGAUGGUGGGCGCCAACGCAGGGCUGAUAGGAAUGUCAAAGGAGCAUCUUGCAAUCGCCCUGGCCUUGAGUGUGCCAGUGGUGGUUUGCAUAACGAAGAUUGAUAUGACCCCUCCUAAUGUACUUGCUGAGACCAUAAAGCAAGUGGCGAAGAUCCUCCAGAGCCCAGGGUGUCGAAAAAAUCCGGUAUUUGUUAAAUCAGUGGAAGCGUCUGUGGAAAUCGCGACGUCAUUCAAUGGGUCCGAAAGAUUAUGUCCAAUAUUCCAGAUAUCGAAUGUUACAGGACAAGGGUUAGAUUUUGUCCGAACUUUCCUUAAUCUACUCCCUUCCAGUGAAAGAGACACCGAGAAAUUUGCGGUGAAUCAACCAUUAGAGUACUCGAUCACUGAAGUGUGGUCAGUGCCAUAUGUGGGCACCGUUGUCAAUGGUAUUAUAAAUGCUGGAAGUGUAAAAACAGGGGAUUCCGUUCUAUUAGGACCGGAUUCUAAUGGCCACUAUCAAACAUCCGUUAUCAAAAGCAUGCAACGAAAACGGGCGGAUGUCACGCGCGCAGAAGCCGGCCAAUGUGUAUCCCUGGCCCUCAAACGAAUACGUCGAGCAGCUGUUCGCAAGGGUAUGGUUCUGGUGGCCAAGACAGAGACCCCUCCACGAGCUAUCCGACAAUUUGAGGGGCAAGUUUUGAUUCUAUAUCAUAAUACGACCUUGCAGAAAAACUAUCAGGCUAUCCGACAAACCGUUCGAAUCAUAGGGAUGGAUCAUCCCCAAGGUGUGCUUCGCACAGGGGAUCGAGCGACCGUGCAAUUUGAAUUUAUAUCUCAUCCUGAGUUUGUGAAAGAAGGGAUGAAGUUGUUAUUCCGGGAAGGCAAGACUAAAUUCACUUUUUCUCCCGAUCCUCGCCAGUGGGGACUUCCAUUGGCACUAGACCUGAUAGAAUCUGAUGAUGACCAAUAUAUCUCCCUGCGAGAGAGAGAUGGCUUUGUGAAGGGAGUUUCUGCAAGAGGUAUCGGAAAUGUUGGAUGUCUAUUACUUCUUAUAGCUGGGCUAUUGGCUCUUUUCAUAGGCUAUCCGGUGGUCACCUUCUACAUUCCGCCUAUUCUGGACACUUCCAUCAGCAUAAACUCUACAGGACAAGUGCCCCAAAUGAUGGGUAAUCAAGGCCUUAUCGACACCGACACCCCACGAGAGGCAUAUACCAGGAAUGCGUGGAAUGAUGCAACGACGGAAAUGAAGCUGGUGUUUUCUGACGAAUUCAAUGUAGACGGUCGAUCGUUUUAUCCAGGGGACGAUCCAUACUGGGAGGCCGUCGAUUUACAUUAUUGGUACCAGGCAACCAACAAUUUGGAGUGGUAUGAUCCCGAGGCAAUUACCACCAAAGAAGGCUCGCUGGUGAUUACCCUUUCUCAGAAGCGGACUCAUGGGAUGGAUUAUGAAGGAGGCAUGUUGACGACAUGGAAUAAGUUCUGUUUCACUGGGGGGUAUGUGGAAGCUUCGGUGCAACUUCCAGGCGCGAGCAACGUCUUGGGACUCUGGCCCGCGAUAUGGGCCAUGGGGAAUCUUGGCCGUGCUGGAUAUGGUGCAUCUCUAGAAGGCCUGUGGAUGGACGACCUAUUGCAGCAACGAUUAACGGAGACCCAGGGAAAGGCAACACUUUAUCUUAUCUUCCAGGCCAACGACUAUCCCGAUGCACUUGCUCUGGCGAAAGUCAUCCAGGCCCAAAGCAUUCCGAUGGAACCUUUGUUGGUCGUUCUGCCCCUGAGAUUGAUAUUUUCGAAGCCCAAGUUGCCUAAAAAUCCGAAGGUCACUGCAGAUACUCUUGUUGGGCAGGUCUCACAGUCUGCACAAUGGGCACCAUUCGAUGCCGGGUAUUUGUGGAACAAUUCACCUGCGAAUAUGGUUAUCACCAACCCUAACAUCACUCAAUUGAACACAUUCAUUGGGAGUGCUACCCAACAAGCCACUUCGUUGACCACAAAUACCAACUCUAGCUGCUAUGAAUUGCCUUAUGGAGCGUGUUAUGCUGUCUAUGGUUUUGAGUAUAUCACCUGGGUUUCUGAUAAUAAGACAUCUUGGACCUUAAAUGCUCCUGGCAUGGGGCCAGAUCCGAAUGUACAAAUAUCGGCCAGACCGGUUGCGAAAGAACCUAUGUACUUAAUCGCAAACCUUGGCAUGUCCCGCAACUUCGGACCUGUGGAUCUUGACCAUCUUACGUUCCCAGCUCAUAUGAAAAUCGAUUAUAUUCGGGUCUAUCAACCAAAAAAUGCAAUCAACAUUGGCUGCGAUCCAAAAGGAUUUCCCACCAAUAAAUAUAUCGAAAUGUGA